CGAGUGUUUUUUUCACAAACGCCAACGAACUCUCUCGUACAUCACACUAUCAACAUCUUAAAUUCUCUCUUUUCGCAACCAUGAGUAUGCAAGUUGGGCACCUAAUUGACGCUGCCGCUGAUGCGGCUGCUGGAGCUCUCACGUCGCUCCCGAACCUUCUCAAGCGUAAAAGCGAAGAAGGCGCAGAGCAAUCCGAAGCCAAAAUGUCCAAGACAGAAGCCCCUUAAACUGCCGAUGAAGACAAGGCGAACAAACGAUCCCCCAUGCCAAAGGCUCGUGAAAUCCGACUUGAACAGAAUCGCAAAGCUGCUCGGGAAUCGCGUCGGCGGAAGAAGGUUAUGAUUGAAGAACUUCAACGCAGCGUGAUUUUCUUCUCGCGUGCCAACGGAACCCUCAAACAACAAAAUGAUGAGCUGACACGACUUUUAAUGCAAGCUCAGACUCAAGUCACGGUCUCUAGCACUGCUUCGAACAGCACUCUAAGUUCAGACCAACCGAAUGAUCAGUCGCAUCAAGUGAAUCGCAAGACCGAAAAUGCUGAAAAGACGAAUAGCGAGCAAGUGCAGGCUCAAGCUGUAGCGACUCAAGCCGUCUACGAAAGCCAAGGAUUCCCGGCUGCCGCUGCGCGUGCCGCGGCUUUAACUAUGAGUGGCAAUAACUUGGCCCCCAAUACCGCACCCGCGCCUGUCAACACGAUCCAACAAGCACUUCCCGCAAUGCAACCUGGUGCCACCAUGCAAGCCAUGGCCAACUUUCAGCAAGCCGCUGCCGCUGCUAUGCAGUCCGCUAUGGGACAAAUGCAAUCCAUCCCAGGUGUCAAUAUGAGUCAGCUUGCGGCUGCUCCCGUCGGUGCCAACGCUCAACAGGCAUACACAGACACCAUGACGGCUUUGGCUAUGCAGCAAGCAGCAGCCGCGGCUGCGGCGUCCGGGCAGCAGUUUGUAAUGGCGGGCGGUGUUCCGUUUAUGCAUCCCAUGUUGGCUUGGCAGCAGCAAGUACAGAACCAAGCUUCGCCGCCUGUCAUUACACAACAACAGAUGGCCGCGAAUUCAACUCCAAAGCAAGACAACUGAAUUUCAUUCAGUGGAGGGGCCAAAUGAGCUUGAUCUGUGUUACUGUAUAACUACUUAUAAUAUCAACCAAUGUAAAGGUUCC